AUGAAAGAGACCGACUUCGCUUCCUCGCUUGCGGCUGAUGCCCUCUUGCAUCCACAAUUAUCGAGACGCUCGAUCUGGACGUUCGGCAACGGGAGUCCGGUAUGCGGACGCUCGCACGACGAAGAUGAUGUGCAACGCCGCUACGUAAGCGGAGCAAAUGCUGCAUGGGAGUGGCAGCGGCAAUCUCGCACCGCGUUGUGCAGCAAGCGGGCACACAAUGUCAGCUUGCCAGAAGACUUCCGUCCGGCAGGACCUUUGGAAGCCAAAGGCUACUUCUAUGGCCUCAAAUCGCAAGGGGAAAGCGGAGUUCCCGGACUCACGACUGGGACUACCUCUGGUAGGACAACUCCGUUCGACACACUCAAUCAGCGGAUGUUGAUGUGUCUGAAAAUCACGAAUUCCUUGCAAGGGGCAUCGUUCGAGGUGGAAAACGCUUUGACGUACGGGAACAUUUACAGGCCCGUUGCAGCUGAUGCUGCCCUUGCAUCUGUGCAGACGAUCGCGUUUCCGAAGGAUGGCCUGAUGUCGCCUAAUGUCUCUUUGCAGGCUGAGUGCAGCAGUCCUCGGUGUCGCUCUGGCGCGCUGGUCGAGAGCCACGUCUGUAUGGGGUCGAUUGGUGUUGUUGUUGUUAUCAUCGUUGUUAUUGCUGCACUCUUUUCCUUCUCCAACCGCGAGGUUGAACUCUUGACUUUGGUCGGGCCAUGUGGCGUGGUCACAAGUGACACAGUUCGAUUCGAACGAAGCGGUAAAAGCGCGCAGCGGCAAGUGCUGGUGACCGCUGCGGAUACUGUCACCGGAUCCGAUGCUACACGAAUUCCUGCAGCGGAAAGAGAAGGCCCAUUUCUUUUGAACAGAAAGACAACGAUCCAUGCUCCGAAAGCGGAACGUAAAGGCAGGGCUCGGGUUGCUGCAGCGGCCAAGCCCGCUUGCGUUGGCAUAGAUCUGCGCAACAUGCUCCGCUGCAAAGCCACGCAAGGCACCGAGACGCAGCAAGGAGCUCUCUUCGCGAAGCUUGGCAAGACGAUGUGAAGCGCGUCCAGAUUGCUGCUGCUAGCUCUCUGCACGACGAAUGCUUUCAAGCUAGCGAAGAGCGAUGCGUGCUCGGGUGGAUGAACACCCUCAAGAGUCGCUUGAUAAGGAAUGGGUUGCAGCGGAGCUUAUCUGCAACAAAGAGAUCGCAGAGCAAGGACCUCAGACGACCCGUGGACGUGCUUCAGGGCGUGAGAAAGUUCGACCUCUCAUUCGGAGAAUUUCGUGGCCGCCAUCAGGUUGAUUUUGACGUAAGCGCUAUAAAUGGGGUCCGGUCAAGACAUUGCUGAGGCGGUUGCGG